GCAACAACAGAGAGACCUUUUAUACAGAAGCUAUUUCGACCAAUUGCUUCAGGAGGACAGUUGCAUACUUUGGGAGAUCUGCUAAGAGAUGUGUGUCCUAGUGCUAUCGCCCCUGAAGAUGGAGAGCAGAAGACUCAAGUGAUGAUUCAUGGAAUUGAGCCAAUGCUGGAAACACCCAUACAGUGGCUAAGCGAACAUAUGAGCUACCCAGAUAAUUUUCUCCACAUUAGUAUCAUUCCCCGACCUACUGAUUGAAAUUCAGCUAUAUUGGUAUGAUGAUCAUUCGCAAGCUGGAAUUAUAAGGGCAUGUCAACUUCUUGCUUCUGUCAGUCUUGACAGAGGCAGCCUGACCAGAAAAAAAAAACCCAACCCAAAACAAAACAAGAAGUCCUCACUGCUGCAAGCCAAACAGGAAGAGAGAUCCUAUCAUCAGAUAAGGGCAAUUGGGCUGAUCUUAUUUUGCAUCACCGCUGCUUUUCUUCACCGCUGUAAUUAAAUCAGUUGCGAUAUGAAAGAAUUUACAGGACCUCUGCAAGUCUGCUGUUUUCUUGUAAAAUAUAAUGAAGCUGAAACUGUCAGCCGAAGAGCGAAUGGAAAUAUGCCACUUGAUUGUAUUUCUGAUUAACAAAUAAACAGGGCUGUUUCCUAAAGCGGUAGUGUUUCAACUUUGAGAGUGGAAACAUUGGUUUAAUUUUCUAGAAAGUUAGACUCUGAGAGAUUCAGUUACCAAUAGCUUUUUGUAAAAGAUCAAAUUACUGUAAGCCCAUCUUUCCUUAAUGAGAAGUUCAUGUUUACAGUAUGUGUAUUGGUAUGCAAAUGAUCUUUUAACUUUGAUAACAAGCAGUGAGAGAUUUUAAAGUAAACCCAAGAGCAUGUUUUGUCAUUUUAAAACAUGCACAACUUAAUAAUUUAUGAAUACUUUUGAUUUGUAUGCUGUCACUGAAUACUCCAGUAUGUUUAUUAUUCAAACCAGUUUUCAUAGACUAGCAAUGAUGUAGGAUAAUUUGUCUCAGGAUUUGUCAUGGCAUUUCUUUGUGCUCAUCUAAAUUUUUUUUAAACUAAAUUAAGAAAAUAUUCUUACAGAAAAGUUAAAAAGUAAACGGAUGU